CCUGUCCUCCACAUGCAAUUGAACAUGUAUGUGCUAUUGAGGGAUCAUCAUCAAUACUAACAUUUAUAUUCGAAGGACCUCUUUAUUAUAGCACUAUUAAAGAUGGACCUUUUUUUGGAAAGAAGUCUCGAAGACUCAAAAAUUAUACAAUACAUGUAGACCUUCACAUUUACAAUGUUACCCUUAAAGAUGAAGGCUAUUAUAGAUGUUAUAUGUAUGAUUUCGGUCGGGUACAGCUGGUAGUAGUCAAAUUAUGGUUCAUUAAAGAAACGGAUCGUAACAAUAUAGUUGGACAAGAGGGAACAGAACUGGAGAUCAAAUGUUCAGCUGACCCUGUACAGUUCAUCACUGCUUUACAGUUAGAAUCAAAUGGAACAAUCAAAGCUAUUGGUGAUAAUCAAAGUGUCAGCUAUUCGUUUAUACCAGACCGUACAGAUCAUCUGUCAAAAUAUAAAUGUGUGGACAGUACACACUCGUCAAUAAUGAUUGAAAUUAAAGUAUUUAUAAGGUAUUCUCCUGCAGUUACAGUCCAUUAUACCAAUGAGACAAUUGAAUGUGAAUGUGAUGGAGUGCCGGACAUUUAUAGUGUGUACCGGUUAGAUCACAUAUCAAAAAAUGGGGAACUCGUCCGAUCUGUAAAUUUGACGAAUGAAACAUUCACUAUCCAGAAGGAUCCUUUUCCGUAUCAGAUGAAUGGUAGAUAUGAGUGUGUUGUCAGUAAUGGUAUACCCGAUAUUGAAGGAAAGGUAUUGCAGACGAGGUCAACAAAUGUACAGUAUGAAGGCUCACCUGUAUUUGCAAAAGACAAUAGACACGUGACAAUUGGAAAAGUCGGGCACUCAAUCAAAUUGUCAUUUCUUAUCUACAGUUACCCGGAUGUUGAAGAAAUAUUCCUUGAAAAAUUAGGACGCACGUAUAGUAGAAAGAGAAAAAUUACAAAUUUCAAUAUUUCUAAUUUUACAUUGCGUUACACAGGAUUUGAAAAUAAAAUAGGAAUCCAAGGUUAUGAAAUUUUGAUUGAAAUUGAGAUGCUAGACAUAAAGGAUUUUCGAGCCUAUUGUAUAACAGCAACUAAUCGUCUUGGUGCCAGCGAUUACCAUUUUGAAAUAAUAGAGAAAAAGGAUACUGCAGUGACUAAAAGAAAAAUUACACUUGUUCUUAUACCUAGCAUCGUAGUCGUGGUUCUAUUUGGUUUUGUAAUCAUUGUAUACGUCUGCUUCUGGGUAAAACGUACACAAGUUCGUGCUAUAAGAGAUCAUAAUGUGCCCGAUGAUCCAUAUUAUGAAGAAAUCGAGCCAAUUUCUUACCGGGCUGUCAGCAACGUUUGUUCAUCACAUUCCAACAACAUUCAGGACCAGCAUUUGACGCACCCAGGUGCAUCAGGUAUCUCAAAAAGAGUAAAUGUACAAUCAUUUGUUGAUAAUGAGAGUAAUAAAUCCGAUGAGACAACCUCUGACUUUUUCGAUAUUCGGUCACUACAGCGUGAAACGACAGAAGUGCAUCGAGUUUCUAUUUCAUCGAAUGACGCACACGUUUCUAAUAUUGGUGUUGCGGGAAUACCGUCCACUAUUAUACAAAGCACAGCCAAUGUCGUUAAUUGCAAUCAAUGUGAAGCACACAACAUUAAAGAAAUCUCAAGUAGUCAUAUAAGUCAAUCAGGUAUAGACUUUGGUAGUGGAUCUUCUAAUAAUGUCAUAGACGGGAGUGUUGGAGAUGAAAAUGAAAACCCAUACGAAUUCAUAUGGUAAAAUCAUGGAACUUUGCAAAGUGGUAGUCAUGUUAUUAAUAGACAUUUUUGGAAAUAGAGCCACGAAAAUAGAUCCAAUAUGGCCCCCAAAUUAAAGAUGGCCGGCAUAAGGUACUUGGAACACAACACCAUACAGUUGACGAAAUCUACCAAUAUGCCAGAGUUAAGUACAUAUUCAAGUAUGGAAUCAAAUGAAAGCUCAGGGUAUAAGCUUUCCGAAUAUCAUCAGGUGUUUAUCUUUGUCGUUCACAAUUCUUCUCACAAUUGAAAUAUACACCCCUU